CGGCUGGGGCUGCGGGGGCGGCGACGGCGGGAGCGGCAGUGGCGGCGGCGGCGGGUCCGGAGGUGGCGGCAGGUGGCCCCGCGCGUGGCGGCCGGCCCGGCCGGGGGCGGGCGGGAAGGUGGUGCCUCGGGCGGGGGCCGGUCCCUGCACCAGGUGACCUGUUCCGGCCCGGAUCCGGGCGGCCUCGCCAUGCAGCGGCGCGGCGCGGGGCUCUGGUGGCCGCGGCAGCAGCAGCAGCAGCAGCAACCCCCGCCGCCCGCGGUCGGCCCCCGGGCCGCAGCCAUGGCCCCCCCAGGUGGCGGCGUCCCCCCGGGCCUCGGCGGCAGCCCUGCCUGCGCGCUGCUCCUGCUCUGCUACCUGAAUGUUGUACCGUCUUUGGGGAGGCAGACUUCCCUGACGACAUCAGUGAUACCUAAAGCUGAGCAGAGCGUGGCUUACAAAGACUUUAUUUAUUUUACCGUCUUUGAAGGAAAUGUUCGCAACGUUUCCGAAGUCUCGGUUGAGUAUUUAUGCUCUCAGCCUUGUGUCGUCAAUUUGGAAGCAGUUGUUUCAUCUGAGUUCAGAAGUAGCAUUCCCGUGUACAAAAAAAGGUGGAAGAAUGAGAAACAUCUUCACACCAGCAGGACACAAAUAGUACACGUGAAAUUUCCCAGCAUUAUGGUUUACAGAGAUGAUUAUUUCAUCAGGCACUCCAUCUCUGUAUCUGCAGUGAUAGUACGCGCCUGGAUUACUCACAAACACAGUGGCGGAGACUGGAAUGCUAAAUGGGAGGAACACGUGCUCCACGCAGUAGCAAAGAACUACACCCUGCUGCAGACCAGCCCGCCUUUUGAACGCCCUUUCAAAGAUCAUCAAGUGUGCCUUGAGUGGAACACGGGUUAUAUUUGGAACCUUCAGGCAAACAGGAUUCCACAGUGUCCUCUGGAAAAUGACGUGGUUGCCCUGCUUGGCUUUCCUUAUGCCUCCAGUGGAGAAAACACGGGCAUUGUCAAGAAGUUCCCGAGGUUUCGAAAUCGAGAGCUGGAAGCCACUCGACGCCAGCGGAUGGAUUACCCAGUGUUUACUGUUUCAUUGUGGCUUUAUUUACUCCAUUAUUGCAAGGCCAGCCUCUGUGGGAUUCUGUACUUUGUUGACUCUAAUGAGAUGUACGGCACGCCUUCUGUAUUUCUUACGGAAGAGGGCCAUUUGCAUAUUCAGAUGCAUCUUGUCAAAGGAGAAGACCUUGCUGUAAAAACUAAGUUCGUCAUACCUUUGAAGGAGUGGUUUCGACUGGAUAUCUCUUUUAACGGAGGCCAGAUAGUAGUAACCACUAGCAUCGGACAGGAUUUGAAAAGCCACCAUAAUCAGACUAUUAGCUUCCGGGAGGAUUUCCAUUAUAAUGACACAGCUGGGUACUUCAUUAUCGGAGGGAGCAGGUAUGUGGCUGGCAUUGAAGGGUUUUUUGGACCCCUGAAGUACUAUCGCCUUCGCAGUCUGCACCCCACCCAGGUUGUUAAUCCCCUUCUUGAGAAGCAACUUGCUGAACGAAUCAAGUUAUAUUAUGAAAGGUGUGCUGAGGUUCAAGAAAUAGUCUCUGUGUAUGCAUCCGCAGCACAGCACGGGGGCGAGAGACAAGAAGCAUGCCACCUCCACAACUCCUACCUGGACCUCAAGCGCAGGUAUGGGAGACCCUCGAUGUGCAGAGCCUUCCCCUGGGAGAAAGAGCUGAAAGACAAACACCCCACCUUGUUCCAGGCAUUGCUGGAGAUGGAUUUGCUGACCGUGCCAAGGAACCAAAAUGAAUCUAUAUCAGAAAUCGGGGGGAAGAUAUUUGAAAAGGCUGUAAAGAGACUCUCUAGCGUUGAUGGUCUUCACCAAAUUAGCUCUAUCGUCCCCUUUCUGAUGGAUUCCAGCUGCUGUGGAUACCAUAAAGCAUCCUACUACCUCGCAGUCUUUUAUGAGACUGGACUAAAUGUUCCUCGGGAUCAGCUGCAGGGCAUGUUGUAUAGUUUGGUUGGAGGCCAAGGGAGUGAGAGGCUGUCUUCAAUGAAUCUUGGGUACAAGCACUACCAGGGUAUUGACAGCUACCCCCUGGACUGGGAACUGUCGUAUGCCUACUACAGCAACAUUGCCACCAAGACACCCCUUGACCAGCACACGCUGCAAGGGGAUCAGGCAUAUGUUGAAACAAUUAGACUAAAAGAUGAUGAAAUACUCAAGGUACAAACCAAAGAAGAUGGAGAUGUCUUUAUGUGGUUGAAACAUGAAGCUUCCCGGGGCAAUGCAGCGGCUCAGCAACGAUUGGCCCAGAUGCUGUUCUGGGGGCAGCAAGGUGUGGCCAAGAAUCCCGAAGCAGCCAUCGAGUGGUACGCCAAGGGCGCCCUGGAGACAGAGGAUCCUGCGUUAAUCUAUGACUAUGCCAUUGUGCUGUUCAAGGGUCAAGGAGUAAAAAAGAACAGACGGCUUGCCUUAGAGCUGAUGAAGAAAGCAGCUUCCAAGGGAUUGCAUCAGGCAGUCAAUGGCCUGGGAUGGUAUUACCACAAAUUCAAGAAAAAUUACGCCAAAGCAGCAAAGUACUGGUUAAAAGCGGAAGAAAUGGGGAACCCGGAUGCAUCAUACAAUCUUGGAGUCCUGCAUUUGGAUGGCAUCUUCCCCGGAGUUCCUGGAAGGAAUCAAACUUUAGCUGGUGAAUAUUUCCAUAAGGCUGCGCAAGGCGGACACAUGGAAGGGACCUUGUGGUGUUCUCUCUACUAUAUCACAGGCAACCUGGAGACAUUCCCUAGAGAUCCUGAGAAAGCCGUUGUAUGGGCAAAACAUGUAGCUGAGAAAAAUGGCUAUUUGGGUCAUGUCAUUCGCAAAGGCCUCAAUGCCUACCUGGAAGGCUCAUGGCAUGAAGCUUUGCUGUAUUAUGUUUUAGCAGCAGAAACUGGAAUUGAAGUGUCACAGACAAAUUUAGCACACAUCUGUGAGGAGAGGCCAGACCUGGCCAGGAGAUACUUGGGUGUUAAUUGUGUUUGGAGAUACUAUAACUUCUCUGUUUUUCAAAUCGAUGCUCCUUCCUUUGCAUAUUUGAAGAUGGGGGACCUUUACUACUAUGGCCACCAAAACCAGUCACAAGACCUGGAGUUGUCUGUGCAGAUGUACGCCCAAGCUGCCCUGGAUGGAGACUCCCAGGGAUUUUUUAACCUGGCCCUGCUAAUUGAGGAAGGUACUAUAAUCCCACACCAUAUCUUGGAUUUCUUGGAAAUUGACUCAACUCUCCAUUCUAAUAACAUCUCUAUUCUCCAAGAACUGUACGAAAGGUGCUGGAGCCACAGUAACGAGGAGUCCUUCAGCCCCUGUUCCUUGGCCUGGCUUUACCUGCACUUGCGGCUUCUCUGGGGCGCCGUCCUGCACUCAGCCCUGAUCUAUUUUCUGGGAACCUUUCUCCUGUCCGUAUUGAUCGCCUGGUCUGUGCAGUAUUUCCAGUCUGUCUCAGAGUUUCUCCAUGUUGAGCUGGCUGGUCUCGAACUCCUGACCACAGGUGAUCCGCCCACCUCAGCCUCCCAAAGUGCUGGGAUUACAGGUGUGAGCCACCAUGCCCGGCCCAGAAUCACAAUACUUUAAAGCAGUGAUUGUCACCUGUCUCAAAUCCAUUGCCCCUCACAUAGGAAAUAUUUUGUAGCAUAUUUUUUAGUACCUUGAAAUGAAAUUCAUUAUAAUUAACCCAUCUACGCACAAUUUAAAAAGUCAAUAUAGGGCCCUAACAGCAAUAUAAAGCGGAAAUAAAAAGAAAGUAAUUAUAAUAAAAUAACUUUGAGUUCAGUAAGUAAAUUCUCGCCCAGUAUUUCUUAAUUUUAAUGUUCAUAUGAAUCAUCCAGCAUUCUUAUUAAAUGCAGAAACCGGUUCAGGAGGUCUGGCUCAGUGGAUUUUGGUUCAGUAGCUAGGCCCUGAGACUUGGCAUUUCUAGCAAAUUCCUAGAUAUGCCCACACUGCUGUUUAGUAAGAUCAUGGUUUGAGUAGUAAGGGCCUAGAAUUUAAAAAAAAAAAAAAAAAAAAAAAACUCCACACGUUUCUGAAAUGUGCCCCCACAGUGGUACCUGCCAGCCCUGUUAGAACUGAUGUUAACAGUUGAAAUAUGGGCCGGGCAUGGUGGCUAACGCCUGUGAUCCCAGCACUUUGAGAGUC